AGCAGUGAUCAUGCACAAUUGAUUGGGAUAGUUGUGCACAGUGAAGAAAUAAACAUUGCUUUGGUUGGACACCUAAAGAUUUCUUCAUCUUCUGGAAGGUUGCAAAUAGUUGAUGCAACUGGCAGCAUUGACGUCGCACCAGACUUUUCGUUGAAUUGGAAUUUCGAGAGUAUAUAUGAGGUAAAACGAUUCACUCUAAGUAUGCAAGGCUUACCUGAAAAGAUGGAUCAUUUCAAUUUACUCAAAACCGAACCUUUUGCAUGCCGAAGUAUUUUCGCAAGUGGCCCACUGUUAAGAAAAAUUAAUAUGUCCCUCCAUCUUGCCUAUAAUGUGGCAGACAAAGAAUCCAUAGACCCUCCAUUUUCAGCACAUGUCAAAAUGAAGGAGACCCUUCAAGAGAUUGAAAGGGGGCAGUUCCAUCUGCUAUGGAUAAAGCAUAAAUUUCCCAUCAUGCAAAAGUAUCAAUGCCAUCGUGGUAUUUCAAGUAAGUCGAGUGUGUUUGCUGAGGCUCUAGUUAUACCUUGGGAUCUGCUUAUUCCUGAGAGUGAUGAAGAUACACCCACUGUGCCUUUUUCUGACCUAUUGAGAGAUUCUAUGGAAUACCAAAGUGAAAUUUUACCUCCAUUCAAAAAGAGAAAAAUUGGCCAUGCAUCAAUGCGAAACCAUUAUAAUUUUAAGUACCCAUCGGAAGUUCUCUGUCUUGUUACCGGUAGAAGAGACAAUUCACAUUGCAUUGGCAAGCUGCAAUGCCAUAAUGCUGGCGCGAGUUUUGGCUGUUCUGAACCUGAAAUGAGAAAGAUAUUGUUCGAAUUCACAUUUGAAGCCUUUUCAGUGUAUGAGGCCCUGAGAAUCGGUUGUUACUACAUCAUAAGUCACAACAAGGCAGAUGUGUUGUGUGCAUCAGGAAAUGGCAGUAAAGUUCUUUUGAAUUCCAGAAUUCAUAUUUGGAGCCUUUCAUUUUCAGUUGCCGAGAUAUCCCCUGAAGAAAGCUACCCGCAACAUGAAACACAAUCUGACGUUAACUUGUUUCUGUCUCCUGACUUCAUAAGCCUCCUGGAAGACAAUUUGAAGCUGCCCAAUGCAACUCUGAAGAAUCCCAUUGUUGCAUAUGAAGAAGAAACUGAGAGAAAAAACUGCAACGAGGCCUCGAUCACUUCUUUAGCACUACCCAGUGGCACAAGAUAUGUUGGUCACCGUUUACCCGAAGGAAAUCUCAUAUCUUUAUGCGGAUGGGUAUGUGAUGUUCAUCAUUUAGAUGAGAAAUCACGUGUACCACUAAGGGGUGGUGCCCAUGGCGGAGCUCUUCAUUCGGUGUUAUUUGAAGAAACAUGCAUCUGUGUCCAUCUUAUGGUGCACCAGAAGAUGGUCAAAAUUUAUGGUGCCAUACAUAAGAGCGCUUACCCAGCUGUAUUUGGAAGAGGCGUGACUGCAACAUUUCACCGUAUCCUUGUACUCAGUGGGCAUGAUAGUUUCAUGAUGAUACCUUCAUCUUUCAUCAGUGUGCUCUCUGGAAGCAACAGUUAUGAUGCACCUGGUGCUAUUGUCAGCCAUUAUGUUCCUGCUUCUGGAGGCUCGCGGAGUUUGGAUCCAUCCAGUGAUGUGCGUAAAGCUCUGAUUUCCGAAACAACACAUUGCUCAAAGAGUGAACCAUUGCUGUUCCGUUGCAGGGUUGUAUCUGUUUAUGUCCUCAUCAUGGAAAACCAGGACGAUUACUUCUUUUCGCGUAAAAUCAAGUCAUUUCAUGUUAACAUUCCACUCGCCGGGUUUGUCAUAGAUGAUGGUUCGUCUUCUUGCUGCUGCUGGGCAAAUGGUGACCGCGCAGCGGCUUUGCUUGGACUGUUGCAUCCCAAAGCUCAUCUGAAGGAGGUGAUAGAGCGGCACCAUGGGAGAGUGGUGGUGAAAAACCACGGAUCCACACUUGAUCCUUCGGCUCAGGAGCUGAUGAUCACCGGCAAAGACAUGAUCUCCUCAUCAUCAUCAUCAUCAUCAGAUGAAGAACUCCUGAGGAUGAUGAUUCUGAAUGCUUGUUCCAGUAAAUCUUGGAACGUGGUCGCGAGGGCGAUGGAUUCGGAAGGGUCAGAGGAACUGGAGAAACAACUGAGGGAAGUGGGUAUGGUGUUGGUGCCCCAGAUGAAGAAUGUUUGGGCUUUUGGAGUUGAUCAGGUAGAGGCUGCUGCUGAGGCAAGAAACAUCAUUAAAGGACUGCUACUACUACCACCACACCAAACUCAUCCUUGACUUUACUUGACUGUGCCUGUUAUGUCUCUUUUUUUUGUUCCUUGUAAAUAUUGCUUCAAUCAAAUGUUUCACGUUUG